AUGGAUUUGAUUGAUCGCAAGCUGCUUAACCUUAUCCAGAGCAAGUUCCCCAUGGUGGAUCGGCCUUACAUCGAGUUGGCCGAGGAACUGGAGAUCGGGGAGGCCGAGGUCAUAUCCCGGCUGGAGGAUCUGAAGCGGCAGAACGUGGUGCGCCAGAUCAGCGCCAUCUUUGAUACCCGCCGCCUGGGCUACAAGACUACCUUGGUAGCCAUUGCCUACGAGCCUGAGGAGUUGAACGCCGGCGCCCUGUUCAUCAACCGCCACCCGGGGGUCAGCCACAAUUACGCCCGCGAAGGUUCCUACUACAACCUGUGGUUCACCCUGGCCGUCCCUCCCGAUGGCGACUUGCAAAGCACGGUGGACUGGAUGGCCCAGGAAACCGGGGCCCUGAAUUACCGGGUUAUGCCCACCAUCCGCUUCUUCAAGAUCGGCGUCAACUUCGACAUGGUCCAGCAGCGCAGCGCGGCCCACAACUACAAUCCCGACAAUAUAGGUGAGGGUACCCCGGCGCCGGACUGGAACCAGGCCCAGCCCGUCUCUGAAUAUGACAAGACUGUGAUUAGAGAGUUGCAGGAGGACCUGCCCCUGAUACCGCGACCCUUCGAUGACAUGUCGGAACGGUUGGGUAUAGAUAACGCCCGGCUUUUCGCCUUGGCUGACGAGUACCAGGAGCGCAAGAUAAUGCGCCGGUUCAGCGCCGUCCUGCACCACCGCCGCUCCGGCUUCCGGGCCAACGCCAUGGUGGUUUGGCAGGUGCCGCCCGAACGGGCCGAAGAGGUGGGAAUGACCAUGGCCCAGCACUCGGCGGUUACCCACUGCUACGAGCGUCCCACCUUCCCCGACUGGCCUUACUCUCAUUUCUCCAUGAUUCACGCCACCACCCAGGAGGAGUGCGAGGAAAUCGCAAAGGAAAUCAGCGAAUCCACCCAGGUUACCGACAACCUGCUCCUUUACAGCACCCGGGAGUACAAGAAGACGCGAGUACGCUACUUCGUGGAGGACAACGAGGAGUUCUGGGAAAACGAACCCGAAUUGGAAGAAGUCGUACAGGACUAA